CAAAACUUUUCCCCGUGACAUAGUCAUUUCCUUACUGGUUCAUGGCAACCCACCGCUGCAAAAAAAGAAAAAGAAAACUCAAGGCUUCCAAAUCCUAGGGUUUUAGAUGGGGCACAUCGUGGACGAAAAUUCAUGGGCGAAGAUAACGGGGGAAGAUAGCGGGGGGACUUCCAAAAAUUUCUCUUCUCUGUCACAAAGCUGAAGAAUAAAUAGUAAAUUAUGGUAUCAUCACUACAAUAUUUUCAAGCUUCGAUUUCAAGAUACGAUUUCUAUUCUCUUAGAUUACUGAUUUAAGAUCAUUGAUUUGACUGAGAAGUUUACUCUGAGUCACACUUUAUCGGAUUUUCAGUUGAAACUGGUCUUAAAUUUUAAAAUUGAUCACCGAUGGAAAUCGUGUUGCCGGAUGAAGUUAUAGUCUCGGAGAUCUUAACAAGAGUGUCCCUUCCUUGCUGCUCUUUACGGCAAUUUCAAUGGGUUUGCAGAGAUUGGCAUAACCUCAUUCAUGAGAGUAAAUUCCAGCUUAUCCACUCUAAUAGGGCUCCUAUUGUUGCAUCAGGUUUCUUCCUUGUCAUGAUGGAACGUUAUGCUCCCAAUGUAUCUGAUUCUAUCAGAUUCUUCCCGUUCAACGAUGAUCAAUCAGGGAAGAAUCCAUCUCCUUCUCUCGACUUUCUACCAUCAGCCGUUGCAAUUGCAGGUUCUUCUCCUUAUGGUUCUCUGCUUUGUUGUGUCACUCUUGAUAAAUUACAGACAACAAAGACUAUUCCGAUAAAGAGUAUUCCGAUUUUCUACAUUUGUAAACCAGCAACUCGCGAAUGGAGAAAGAUACCAAACCCUAGAACCAAAUUUAUAAAUCAUGGUAUGCGAAUAGUGGUGAAACAAACUUACCCUACAUUGCAGUACAAGAUAGUUGGUAUGUCAGCUACUAGUGGUGUGAUCUUGGAGUAUCAUCACUGUGAAAUGUUUGAUUCAGUCACUUGGGCUUGGAAGAGAUUGGCCGAUUUGAAAACCCUUAGUUGGUUGCACGAUACAUUUGGUGGUGUUUUCAUUAACGGGUGUUUGCAUUGGAUCAGCCACAAGCGUCAAAUCCAUGUUUUAUCCAUAGAGCAAGAAAAGUGGAAUGCAGUUAUUCAACUUACAGCUGAUGCCGUAGAAAGAGUAUCACAUAGGUAUUUGUUAUUCUUAAUUGAUGGAAAGAUUGGUGUUCUGAUCAGUAAUAAUGAGUGCAUUGAACUUUGGGUAUUAGAGAAUUACUACUGCCAUACUAGUUGGAAGAGAAGGUACCACAGGGAUUUGAGAGCACUCAAUCGCGAGGUUGGUGGUAUGUGUAUACCAGCAGCUGUGUCAUCGCCCAGCAUAAUCUUUAUGAUUUGUCUGUGUUCGAACCCCCACGCUAUAAUCUACAACAUGAAUGAUGAUACUUACACCAUUUUGGCAUCCUUUCCGUUUGUUGGUUUUCCAUUUGAAUCAAGAUUCUGUUACAUUUAGUUCUUCGUAUCUUUGGUAUUCCCAUUGUGAUCAAGCGUUUGGGUUGCUCCAUUUUUCACUUCUUUCUGGUUCAACUAGGUAUCACCCAGUCCUUGGGCGUGGUCUCAACCGUCUUCGGAGCACGGUACUUUAGGAUUUCUCGGCGCGCCAAAACCGGCCAAUUUGAAAACUCUUGGUUGCUUGCACGAUUCAUUUGGUGGUGUUCAUAUUAAUGGGUGUUUAGAUAUAAUAAGUGUAUUUAUUUGGUUGUAUUAUUGCAGUUAUUCAAUUAAUUCUCCAACCAGUGAGGAAAUGAUACCGUAGUAAGUGUAUUAAAUACGUAUUUGUCAAUCUUAACUGAUGGAACGUUUGGUGUUCUGACCAGUAACAAGGAAUGCAGCUACUGUCGCCAUGCUAGUUGGAAGAGAAAGUACCGCUGGGAUUUUGACAGCACUUAAUCGCGAGGUUGAGGGUAUAUGUAUACCAGUAGCUGUGUCAUUGACCAGCAUCAUUUUUAUGCUUUGUCUGCGUUCAAAGACCUGUAUCUCCGUACUAACCUACAACAGCAACGAUGAUACUUGCACCAUUUCGCCGCCCUUGUCGUCUGAUGUGAGGCCUCUAGUACUUGUUUCUUGGAUUUCCAUUUGUAUUGUGAGGCCUUGGAACUGUCCCCUUUAAAUAUCCUUUGGACUGUCUCAGGAGUAAAGUUUCUCUGUUCUCUGACCUAAUACUAGGCAAUGUUCAGAAACUUCUUUAUUCUUUUCAAUCUCAACUCUGAAGCUUGGAAAAUGUGUAGCAAGUGGGUAGAAUAUGACGAGUCUUGUUAGAGCAAGUUGCUGCUGCAGAGGAUUAACUUAGUAUAGACGAAGGUUCAAGUGAGUUGAUCCAAGAAUUUGGAAUUGAGCUUAGAGCUUUUAAUUGUUGUUGAAUCGUGAUAAAAUUGUUGUCAGUGAUGAUGCUAAUGAUCUGGUCUCCAAUGAAUGCCAAAAAAUGGUUGUCCAACCGAACCGGAACCACCAGCACACUAGUAACUACUACUCCACUAGGGUGAGUUGGAUUUGUCUGUGUCCAACCGGACAAGCUCACCGGAAGGUUGCGUUCUAACGGAAAACAUAAGAUUUCUUCGACAUGAGAACCAUCAACCAUGGUUAGGUUAAUCAAGGAGACACCGGAAGGAUAAUACUAUUUUCUCGGGAAGAGUUAUUAGAUGAACCGAAUCUCUUAACCAAGCUUUCUUAGGCCAAGGACCAUGGGGGGAGAUUUUAGCUUAGCAUUGGACAAUUAUCAUGGCUUAUUGCUUACAUCUUGUUUGUUUGCGGCUGACUCAUCUGAGUCAUUUGGAUCCGACUGAAAUCACCUGACUCAUCUGGAUCUGAUUCACUGAGGUCUGACUCAGAAAAUGUGUUUGUUUUGUGAGUCAGACCUGACUCAACUGACUAUAUUUUUCUGGACAUAAAAUACCCUUGUAUAUAAU